AUGUUCAAUUGCCGCAUGUGCGCCGAGGGGCCUUUUGCUGCGCUGUUUGACCAGGGCGACGACAAUGACAAGAAGGAUCAGAGGGAUAAGAAGAAGAAGGGCAAGGGCAAGAGGUCCACCACUGAGUCCAAGAGGGACGAGGCCUCCUUCCGGCCGCGCACCGAGCAGGAGAAUCAGGCGCUCGUCAAAGAGUGGAGCCAGUAUGCCCACCCGCGGGCCAAGGAGUUCUUCCAAACCGAGGACGUGAUGAUGGACGUCCUUAUGCAGCUGGCGUCGGGCAUCGACAGAGACAGCGACCCCGUGCUCGGGCCGGACGACCAGUGUGUCGUGUGGUAUGGGGACGUGACGAAAGACGAUCAGCAGGCGGCGAUCCGGAUGACAAAGCCUGGAGAGACCUCAGAGUCGGUGACUUACGUGAACCGGGUGUUGGCCUUCAUUUUCGCAACCGACGAGUCUUUCGAGCAGCUCAUGAAGCUUCCCAAGGAGCCCUUUAAGAUGCAGUGUGGCGACCAGCUAUGCGUGCACCUGGCACACAUCUCGCUUUCCGUGGAUGGUAAUGGUGCGGGUAGUGCCAGCUAG